AUGUCUCGGGACGUCUGGCGCCACGACGCCCAGGUCUGCUGGAGCCUGCUGGGCGCCAUCGCGGCCGCCUUCAACUGCAAGGCCCUCAAGGUGGUGAUAAACCAGGCGCGCCCCGAGGGCGCACGGAAGGCGGACCCAGGAAUGCCGUCCUCACACGCGCAGAGCCUGGGCUUCCUGUCUGGCUACGCCGCCUGCGGGCUGCUGACCCUGGGGUGGCCCGCGCCCUGGCCCGCAGCCGCGGCGGGCUCGACGCUGGCCUGCGGCGCGUUCCUGUCGUGGCUGCGCGUCGAGCUCGGCUUCCACACCACGCCGCAGGUGCUCGUCGGGCACUCGCUGGGUGCGCUGUCGGCGGCGGCCUGGUGGCGGCUCGGGCAGGGCUGGGCGUUGCAGGCG